AUGCCUACAGCUAUAGUCACUGGUGCCACCGGUAUCACUGGAAGGGCGGUGGUCGAUGCCUUGAUCAAGGCACCCGAGUACACCGAGAUUUACACACUAUCUCGGUCGCAGAAGUAUUCUGAGCAUCCCAAGGUCAAGCAUACGACCCUAGAUCUUCAGUCCUCAGCGGAUGAGAUGAGCAAGUCCCUGUCGCAUAUCCCGGUGGUGACGCAUAUUUACUUCUGCGCCUAUCUAGCCGAUCCUGACGAAGCAGAAGCUACGCGCAUCAAUGGGUCUAUGUUGUCUAACUUCCUGGAUGCGCUCAUCAAGUCUGGCCAGACCCGCGAGCUUAAGCACUUUAGUUUGACGUGUGGGCUUAAGCAAUACGGGGUGCAUCUAGGACAGCCUAAAAACCCCAUGCGCGAAGACGAUGAAGACUCGCUAGUCUGGCUUGAACAGAAAGAUCGCCCGCCUAAUUUCUACUACGCUCAGCAGCGUAUCCUGGAGAAGUACACCGCAGACCAUCAUAACAAGUGGGCCUGGGUUGUAACUUACCCCCAGGAUGUCAUCGGCUUUGCCAAGGCAAAUUUCAUGAACCUAGCUACUUCGAUUGGCUUGUACUGCGCUGUUAGCAAGGAGCUUGAAGGCUCAAAGCUCAUAUUUCCCGGAAAUAAGGUCAACUAUUUGGCCUUUAACGGCUGGACAUCAGCUAGACUGCACGCCAAUUUCUGCCUUUGGGCCGGCAAGACACCUAAUUCGGACAACCAGCGAUUUAAUGUGGUCAACGGCGACACCCAGAGCUGGCAGGACUUAUGGCCGCGGAUGGCGGCUCUCUUCGGGUGCACCAUCCCUGAAAAGAUGUUCCCGGCCGGUGACGAAUUCAAGGCGUACCCGGGAUACGAGAGCAGCCACACGAAAAUGCACGAUCGGCCACCGGUAGCCGAAGUCGCAGCCAAGAUCGGGCUCAAAGACGAAUUUAAGCCCUCCGAGCUAUUCUGCCAGAUCGACUUGGAGAAGUGGGCCAAGCGGCCAGAGGUAAUCAAGGCUUGGGAGAGGCUGCGUGAUAGACACAAUCUCGAACAAGCUGCGUGGGGCGGCGCAACCUGGAACUUUGUGGCUUUCCUACUAGGUCGCAACUACAGCUGCGUCGCGAGUAUGAGCAAGGCACGGAAGUUAGGCUGGACGGGAUACGCGGAUACAUGGGAAGAAUUUCAGCACACAUUCAAAGAGCUCGUGGAGGCUAAGAUGCUACCUCCUUUUCAAGCUUAA